AUGGUGGCCUUUUUGUCUCCGGAGCUUCUUCGCCAUCUUCUGACUGCUCUGGACAGUUUGGAGAUCUCGCUGCUCUGCGCAUCAUCCAGGGCGCAGCGAGAACAGUUCAAGUUUCUUUGUGCAUUUGCCGUCAAGUUCAAGCGCGAUAAUGUGGUAGAAGAGGUUGCAGUGGAGUCCUUGCAGAAGGCAAUAGCCACGUUGUCAAGUUUGCAAAGACUUGCAGUUGGUUUGGCAUAUCAGACCACUCUGCGCCAGAGCAUUUGCCAAUUGACCCAGAGCCUUUGUAAACAUCCGCUCACGAGUUUGACCCUUGACUUGCGCCGCUGCUGGCUCGGAGAUGAUGGCACGCAAGGCCUGGCAACAUCCUUAUCUGUGUUUCGACUGAAGCAUCUAGAUCUUCGCCUCAGCUUCAACAACAUCUCGGGCAGAGGUGCGGACGACUUGUCAGAAGCUUUGGCACCUUCUCUUGUGGAUAUCGUUUUGCACAUUGACAUCAACCUCAUAGGCCGGAGUGCCCCAAAGCUGCUUUGUGCUGUGCUUCGUGCCCAGCGGGCUCAUAUUGAUUUGGCUCACUGUGGGCUUGGUCAUGUGGCCCUGCAGCUCGCAGAUACGCUGGAGUCUCAUGCGUCGAGAUUUGUAAAUUCUCAGAAGCUACACAUCGACUUGCGGGGCAACGACUUGGCAGAUUCUAAAGGCUUAGUCAUUAAAGCUGCAGCCUGCCUGAAUGCAGCAGGGUGCAAGAGUGCGGAGGACAAUCCAAAUCCCGUUGUGUACGGGAGCGGACAAGCAAUCCAGUUCAGAUCUUUGCAGGAACUUCUCGAAAUUACCGACUUGCAAGAUGAUUUGACACCGCAGGAGAUAUUCGAAAGUUUGCGGCACCUGACAGACCCAGAGCAUCCAAACCUAUCGCUGGAGCAGCUGAAGGUGGUCGAGUCCGGCCAUGUAUGGGUCAAUGACAAGGCCAACACAGUUUUCGUGCGCUUCACACCGACGGUCCCCACCUGCAGUGUGGCAACCUUGAUUGGCCUGACCAUCAAGGCCAAGCUUCUUCGUUCACUUCCUCGUAGAUACAAAAUUGAUGUGGAAAUUACACCUGGAACUCACAACUCUGAAGACCAAGUCAACAAACAGCUCGCAGACAAGGAGCGAGUUGCAGCCGCACUGGAAAAUCCAGCUCUGCGGAACCUCAUCAACAACGGUAUCGUCCGACACCCAGCAGCUGGAAGAACCACUUGGCAGGAGUUUGUCCAUUUCUUGCUCCGAAGGGGUUCAAGCAGGAACGAAGGCAGGAGAGGUGAAGGAACACAGCGGAACAUGACAACAUGA